AUGGGUUUCCUGGCAGGAUUUUUUGGCGGGUUCGCUCUCACUACCUCCGUUCUCUAUCUCUCAGUUCAAGUCCACCGUUCAAAUCGCCUCGAGCAGCAAAGAGCGAUCAGGGAGCAGACUGAAGUCCUCAAUACGCUUGCUUCUCCGGCCGGCGCAUACUACCGUCGAUUCGCUCCCGAAGUGCCAGAACGGAAGCCACGCGACUUCGAGACAGAAAGAGCGGGAACAAAAGCGCUGCUAAAGGAGAAAUGGAACCGCGAGGUGGAAGCAUUGGCUAGGAAGGCGUACGAAGUGCGUUGGGAAGAUAUGAGAGAGACAGCCGUGGAAGGUUUCAAGGCCGUUUCGCGACUGGUUAAGAGGGAGUAA